AUGGAUUUCAACUUCAAAAAAAUUGCUAACGAUGCCAGCGGUUUCUUCAACCGAGCGAAACAGUUAACGGAAGAAACUUUUUUGAAUGCUGAAAAAACAGAAUUAGACGCAAAUUUUGAAAAUCUACUACAAAGAGCAGAUAAAACUGAAGAACAUACUAAAAAGCUUUUGUCGGCUAUGGAGAGUUAUUUGCAGCCUAACCCUACCAUACGUAUGGAGGAAGUUUUUUACGAGAAAUUAGAAUUGCGCAAGGAUAAUAAUCGUUUAAAUAAUUUGGAGCAGUUGGGUCAUGCAAUGAAUGAAGCGGGUAAUGAAUUUGGAGCAGACACACCAUAUGGUAAUGCAUUGUUGGCAACAGCUCAAGUAGAAUUCAAGUUAGGUGCUAGGGAAAAAGAUUUUAUCAAAAGCUGUGCCAGCAAUACACUUCUUCCUGUUCGGCGAUUCUUGGAAGGAGACAUGAAAACUAUCCAACGUGAAAGAAAGGUUUUGAAUACUAAACGUUUGGAUUUGGAUGCAGCUAAAAGUCGGUUAAGGAAAGCGAAAUCAUUAGAAGCUCAGAGCAAUGUAAGUUUUUAG